AUGAAAGAAGUGCGACAAACCAAGGAUGUGAAGCUUGGAUGCCUCCUUGUCCGUACGGGGGACUCCGAUAAAAGGCAUAUCUUUCCAGCUUGCCGACAACAGCUGCCGGCAAUCGUCAAGCCUGGCGGCGCCACCUGCAGAGACUCGGGGAGGGGACCUCGUGAGAAAGGCCUUUUCGGGAGAGCAAAGGAGAAGAGAGAAAGGGCUCCGAAGGAGUGGGGAGGUCUGUCAUCCUGCGCUCCUUGCCCGAAAGCAGUUAAGCAGACGCUGGGGCCCUUUAAGGGAGGCCAACCCCUGAAGGAACUUGCAUUUCAUCAUCUGGUCCAGUUGAGGCAAACCCUCGUAGAAUGA